UAAGAAGUCCGGAAGCGCUGUAAUAUAGGCGCUCUUAUUAUUUCGCAGGACCGAGGCGUGGGUGGCAGUGAGUGGCAGUUUCUGGUUAAAUAAGGCUGUCGGCUUCUUGGGAAUAACCGGGACCGUCAAUUUAAAUCUGUAGUGCAGCUUUUCCAAACAGUUGUAUCCUCUGAUCAGAUGUCCGAGGACGAAAGUCCGUGUCCUUUCGCCGCCUUUAGCGUAGAGAGAGCCUUUAUGUGAACCAUAGUAAGAACGUCAACAUCAAGAAUAGUCUAUGUAAAAAAAAUCCUUUACCAAAAUCAUGGGCAACGGAAUGAAUAAGGUUGUUGAUGGUCUCUAUUUAGGGAAUAUAAGAGACUCUGAGAACAGAGAAAGUCUGUCCCAGAAUGGAAUAACCCACAUCCUCUCUGUGUACAACAAUGCCAAGCCUGUACUGGAGGACAUGACCUACCUUUGCAUUCAUGCAGCGGACGCCUCCAAUCAGAACUUGUUACAGCACUUUAAAGAGUGCAUCUGCUUUAUCCAUGAGUGCCGGCUAAAUGGAGGCUCUUGUCUGGUCCACUGUCUAGCUGGAGUGUCACGCAGCACAACAGUGGUGGUAGCCUACCUGAUGACGGUCACCACCCAUGGCUGGGAGGAGUGUUUGUCAGCGGUAAAGGCAGUACGCUCCUUUGUGGGCCCCAACUACGGCUUCCAGCAGCAACUGCAGCAGUUCCAGAUGACACAGCUCUCUGAGUAUCGCGCUUGGCUGCGAGCAAGCUACCGAUCCAGCCCGUUCAAAGACCAGGAGCAGGUGGCAGCCUUGCUGGGCCGGUAUGCUGAGCAGCAGGCCCAAGAGAGGCGGAGACGGGGCGAGCGGGACUGGAUGAACCAGGCCAGCAGCCUCUGCUCUGCGCCCUACCACCGUUACAACGGCUCAGGCUGCAACAGAUGAGUGGAGGCCCUGUUUGUGGAGCCAACUUCAACUAAGAGGGCUUACGAGCUCAUGACGGUUGCUGCUCGUAUGAAUCUACAUUAAGCCUAGCCGAGCUCAGCAAUGCUGCGUGCCCAGACUCUUAACUGAGGCCGUUCAGCGGGUUUGCCUGAAUUCCUCCGUAAUUUAACCUCUAUAUGUAACAUUGUCAGUCAAACGUUAGACUACAUUAUGAAAGCCAGUAUGCUGACUUUGGGUGAUUAAUGACUGAAUUCAUAACAAAGUUUUUUCUUUGUUUUUUGUUUGUUUGAUUAAUUAAUGGAUCGGUUGAUUGAUCAAUUUAUUGAUUUCUUGAUCAGUUGUUUGAGGUCCCAAAUGCCUGUUUCAGUCAGUAUGACUGCCAUAGGAAAAAUGUAUUAUUCUAGAACUGUAAAAACCAUAUUAAUUCUCUCUUUCUCCCACUCUUUAUAAUUUAUAUUUUUGUGCAUAUAGCUGGUGAUUCAGUGUGACAUAAAUAAAGAAAUAAUCUCAAUUAAACCCAUUGUUUAAUUUAAAGUGAAAAACAACUAUGCCAGAGUGUACUGUAAAUGGCUCAGAACUUUAUAUGAAAUUUUUUUUUUUUUUUUUUUUGCUGCACAAAUCUUCUGUUAUUAAACACUAUUUAUGA